AUGGUUGCGGCAAAGCUGGACCCGAACGCGUGGUACCAAAUCUCCGAAACCCGAGUAGUCAACGUCUCGGAGAAAAUCGAUCCCAACCUCCAAAACACAAAUCAGGGCCUCCGAGUCUUCCCCCUAGCACCACAAGCAUGGCAAUUCCAACCUGUAGGCGAUGUUGAUGGACGUUACCUUAUCAGACUGAACAUAUCUGGUGUGAGGGACCAGCUUUCAGUGUGCUGGCGCGCAAACGAAAUCAACCUGAGUGGUACGAUUGGUUGCAUGCGGACGACAGAAUCAGAUGAAUCGCAGCAAUGGGACAUCAGCGAAUGGGGCGAUGGCUCAUACAAGUUCGCCAAUGUUAAGAACGGCUCCAGAUAUGUUCUUGAUGUCCACCCGGGCUCCAACCUCUUCAUGUCCAGCGAUAUUGAAGGUACUGAGGGGGUAUCAGCCAAGCAGCUCGCCCAGCAUUGGGUUAUGACAAGCGAGCGUCCAGUUAAUGAUAAAACCUAUUCAACUAUCUACAGUACACCACCUACAUCAACCACGGCAUCAACUAGUGCUACUGAGACUGUCACCGAUACUGCUGCAACAGGAACAGCCGCCACCGCUGCCACCGCCGCUACAGGAAGUAACAGUUCUGGCGCAACCUCAAACCCGACAUCAGGCUCGACGCCAGACAACUCCUCAUCAUCAGGAGGACUUACAGCAGGAGGUGCCGCUGGAAUCGGAGUUGGAGUUUCCCUUGCUGUUGUCGCACUCAUUGGUGCCGCCGUUUUCUUCUGGUGGCGUCGCAAGAAAGCCAACAAGGGCACGCCUCUGUCUCAAACCAGCCACGAGGAAAUGGGCAAAGGCGGUCAUGCCCCCGGAAACCUCAGCCCCGGCACGAUUAACGCGUCUACCGUUCCAUCCGUGACGUCACCUAACACACCUCACAACGACUACUACGCACAGGAAGCAAAAGUACUUGGUCACAUGCAGCCUCAUGCGCACGCUGCUGAAGCAGGCCAUAAUCCGGUUUAUGAAGCUCCUACGGACACUCGUUAUGAACUAGACACCGGCCUCCACGGAUAUGGAGGCAACGCCCCAGCUCAGUUGGAUGAUAACACAAGGCGUUGA